AUGGACAGCGAUAACAAUGUAGCCGAUGCCGAUGAAGAAUGUGGUGAGUUGGAAGACGUUGCCAAACUGAGUGUGAAUGAAAUAUUGAAGAAGAGUUGGGACAAUAUUGAUAAUGCGUAUGAGUUUUACAAGAGGUAUCGACAAUUUCAUGGAUUUGGGGUGUGGAAGGUAACUCAGCCAAAUACUGUGAUGGAAAUUUGGUUAGAUAUAGAUUUUUUUUGUAACAAGGAAGGAUUGAGGAAACGUAAACACUACAAUAGAGUUGACAUAACAAAGGUACACAAACCGGAUACAAAAACAAACUGCAAGGCAAUGUUAUCAAUAUAUUUAGACAAAAAUGAAAAGGCUUGGAAGGAGCAAAGACUCAGAUUGAUGGGAUGGAUGCAUAUGGCAUUGCAACAUCUAAGACUGGGGUACAUGGCUGGUAUGGCCGGUGGCUAUUCUUUGUUGGGGUUCUUGAAGAAUGAUGUCUACAACUAUUCCAACAAAACCAGGAAUGCAAAAAUAGCAGAUGGUGAUGCGAAUUCUGCGAUAGUGUAUCUAGAGGAAAAAGUUGAGUUAGAUCUAGUGGCGAUUGCAAAAUACGUCAUGAAUGAUGAUAGGCUAGCAAACUUGAUUUGGAUAGAUAGAGCUAGCAGAGUUGAUUAUCAAUACUUUGGUGAUGUAUUGGUAUUUGAUUCUACCUACAAGAAAAAUAAAUACAAAAAAUUAGUUGUAAUUUUUUCUAGAUCAAACAAUCAUAAGCAGACGAUAAUAUUUGGUUUUAGGUUGUUGCUUAACGAAAGUGUGUCAUCGUAUCGGUGGAUGCUGGAGAAUUUGUUGGAGAUCAUGUGUAGUAAAAAGUCGUGUGUCGUUGUGACUAAUGGUGACAAAGAUAUGAUUAAAGUAGUAUCUAAAGUCCUCCCUGAUAUGACUCAUCAUUUGUGUGUAUGGCAUGUGGAGAAAAAUGUGACAUCAAAUAUGAAGGAUGAAGAAUUACGUGGAUUGUUCAGAAGAUGGUUGUAUUCAGAACUUGCAAUAGAGGAGUUUGAAGUGGAUGGGAACAGGCUACGGAUGAGUAUGGACUACAUGAGAAGCAAUGCUCAAUGUAAACAUACGAGAAAAGGGAGAUAUGGGCAAGUACAUAUCUGCGGGACAAGUUAUGCUUUGGGUGUUGCACAUCCUCCUGCUGAGGGGAUUAAUGCAUUCAUGUCUGAGAAGCAUUGA